UUGACAUUCAAACGAGAGAGAGAGAGAGAAAGAGAGCAAGAGUGUGAGGUGUGUGAAAGAGACAGUAAUUGUUAGUUACAGUAGAGAAGAUGAGGUGUGUGUGGAUGGUGUGUGUGCUCUGCUUGGCACCAGCAGUGGCGGCCAUUCUGUGUAAACCAGAUGUGACAGAUGGAUAUAAAGUGAGGCUCAGUAUAAAGACGGCUCUGGGAGAUGAUGCUUAUGAAUGGAGCAAGAGUGAGUUGUUUCUUUUCAGGGCAGUGCUCGCUUUUGCUGUUCAGAGAAAAACCAACAAUGUGAACUAUGAUGUCUCUAAUAUAUUGGUGUGUGAUGAGACGGAGAGGGUGUCGUUUUGGUUUGUUGUAACAACUCCAGACAACACCUCAGAGCUGCUGCCUAAGCUAGUAGUGGAGAACGCUAUCAGAGAGAACAGGCACCGGAUUAACAGCGCCUUCCUGCUGACGGAUCAGACGCUGGACUUUGUGGGAAUUAACCCGACUCUGGCGGCCCCCAUCGAGUACGACACUCCACCCUGGCUCAUCGUCUUCGGGGUGGUGAUGGGAGUGGUGUGUGCCGGCAUCGUCGCCCUGCUGGUUUCCACGUUCUUACAGAAGAAACGAGCUAAGAAACCAAGUGCUGAUCCUGUGGAUGAUGAGGACGGAAGCGGAAGCAUCGCAGGAAACGGAAUACUGUGUGAAAGCAUCGGGGACAAAGACGGAACUUACAACCAGGGAUUCACCGAUGAUGAUCGAUUCACAAAGCUGUAGAUGCUGACUGAAGACAAACUCGCAGAUGCUGUUAUAUUAUUAUGUUUUUUUUAUCUUUCAUGAUGAAUGGACCAGUAGAAAAUUCUUCAUGUUCACUCCAAAUAUCAUCCACUCACAUUAAUAUACAGCUCUGGAAAAAAUAAGAGACCACUUAAAAAUUAUGACUUUCUUUCAUUUUACCUAAUUAAAAACCUCUGGAAUAUAAUCAAGAGGAAGAUAUAUGAUCACAAGCCGUCAAAUCAAGCUGAACUGCUUGAAUUUUUGCACCAGGAGUGGUAUAAAGUUAUCCAAAAGCAGUGUGUAAGACCAAAAUGCAUUAAAACUGUGAUUAAAAACCGGGUUAUUCUACCAAA